AUCUCUAGUUCAGUUGAACCGCCGCCUCCAUCGUUCUCGAACCUUCCUCUCAUAAUCUCAUCAACUUUGCCCUAGCUUUGCUUCGAUUUCAAAAAUUUCUUUUCUUUCCCUCGAUUUAAACGUUUUCUCCUUUGAUCUGCGCUCCGAUCCGCUCUCUGUCCAUUUGAUCUUUCUCAAAUUCUUCCGGAUCCUGACUUACCGAGUCUUCGAUCACCCACAUACGAGGAAAUUUUCCAGUUCCAAAUUUGCAGAAAAAAUGCCCAAGAUUAAGACGAACCGUGUCAAGUAUCCUGAGGGAUGGGAGCUAAUUGAACCAACUCUCCGAGAAUUGCAAGCUAAGAUGAGGGAAGCCGAGAAUGACACACAUGAUGGUAAGAGAAAAUGUGAGACGCUGUGGCCUAUAUUCAAAAUAGCGCAUCAGAAAAGCCGCUAUGUCUUUGACCUCUAUCAUCGAAGGAAGGAAAUAUCUAAGGAAUUAUUUGAAUUCUGUUUGGAUCAAGGCUAUGCAGAUCGUAACUUAAUUGCAAAAUGGAAGAAGCCUGGUUAUGAACGUUUGUGCUGUCUAAGAUGCAUACAACCCCGAGAUCACAACUUUGCGACAACGUGCGUGUGCCGGGUUCCCAAGCACCUGAGGGAGGAGAAGGUCAUUGAGUGUGUGCAUUGUGGUUGCAGGGGCUGCGCUAGUGGAGAUUGAUAUCUUCUCUUAGUUUGUCUCUCUGAUGAUAACAACCUCGACACUAUGUUCAUACCCUCAGAGUUAUACUUCGGUAAGAACUCUAAUUGUAACAUUUGCUAUGUGGAUUCCUUCCAACAAUCCUCAACAACUAGUAUCCAACUAAAUAUGGUUUUAUUUCUCAGCCCGACCUUGUGAACCGACAAGAAAUUCCCUUCGUCUUUUCGGGUUUGUGGGUCAGGUUGAGCUAGACCCAUGA